GAGCCGCCGGAGGAGGAGCGGCGCAGGGGAUGAGGCUGUGGCGGCGCCGGCGGCGGCCGAACUUGGGGGGCGGCUGUGGCGGCGGCGGGGGGCGCGAGCCGGUAAUGGCGCGGCGGCGCUGAGGGCACGUGGCGGGCGGCGGCCGGAGGGCGGGCUGUGCAGGAGGAAGCGGCAGCGGUGGCUCCAUGGCCCGGGCAAGCUGAGGGACGCGGCUCUUGCCUGAGCCCGGCGGCAGCGGCGGCGGCGGCGGCGGCGGCCGAACAAUGAAGCUCCUGAAGCCGACCUGGGUCAACCACAAUGGCAAGCCAAUUUUUUCAGUUGAUAUUCACCCUGACGGGACCAAGUUUGCAACUGGAGGACAAGGACAAGAUUCUGGGAAGGUUGUGAUCUGGAAUAUGUCUCCAGUCCUCCAGGAGGAUGACGAGAAGGAUGAAAAUAUUCCCAAGAUGCUUUGCCAGAUGGACAAUCACUUAGCAUGUGUGAACUGUGUGCGGUGGUCAAACAGUGGGAUGUAUUUAGCUUCUGGGGGAGAUGACAAACUGAUUAUGGUGUGGAAACGGGCUACGUACAUCGGCCCCAGCACUGUAUUUGGCUCCAGUGGUAAGCUUGCCAAUGUGGAGCAGUGGCGAUGUGUUUCCAUCCUCCGGAGUCACUCAGGCGAUGUGAUGGACGUAGCAUGGUCUCCCCACGACGCUUGGCUGGCCUCAUGCAGCGUGGAUAACACUGUUGUCAUCUGGAACGCUGUCAAGUUCCCAGAAAUUCUAGCUACCUUGAGAGGUCAUUCUGGCUUGGUGAAAGGAUUGACUUGGGACCCGGUUGGUAAAUAUAUUGCCUCUCAAGCUGAUGACCGCAGCCUGAAGGUGUGGAGGACACUGGACUGGCAGUUGGAAACCAGCAUCACCAAACCUUUUGAUGAGUGUGGAGGGACAACCCACGUGUUGCGACUCAGUUGGUCACCUGAUGGGCACUACCUGGUGUCUGCUCAUGCCAUGAAUAACUCUGGUCCCACCGCCCAGAUCAUUGAAAGGGAGGGCUGGAAAACCAACAUGGACUUUGUUGGGCACCGGAAAGCUGUGACUGUCGUGAAAUUCAACCCAAAAAUCUUCAAAAAGAAGCAGAAGAAUGGGAGUUCUACAAAGCCCAGCUGCCCUUACUGCUGCUGUGCUGUUGGCAGCAAGGACCGUUCUCUCUCUGUCUGGCUCACAUGUCUGAAACGGCCUUUGGUUGUCAUCCAUGAAUUGUUUGACAAAUCCAUUAUGGAUAUUUCCUGGACUCUCAAUGGACUGGGGAUCCUGGUGUGUUCCAUGGAUGGUUCUGUGGCAUUCCUAGAUUUCUCCCAGGAUGAGCUCGGUGAUCCCCUGAGUGAGGAGGAAAAGAGCCGCAUUCACCAGUCCACCUAUGGCAAAAGUUUGGCCAUCAUGACUGAGUCCCAGCUCUCCACAGCCGUCAUUGAGAAUCCUGAGAUGCUCAAGUACCAGCGGAGGCAGCAACAGCAGCAGCUGGACCAGAAGACAGCAAGGGAGACAGGCUCAGCUGCUUCAGUGGCUGGUGUUGUCAAUGGGGAAAGUCUUGAGGACAUCAGGAAGAAUCUUUUAAAGAAGCAAGUUGAGACUCGAACAGCAGAUGGUCGGCGAAGAAUCACCCCUCUCUGCAUAGCACAGCUGGACACCGGGGACUUUUCUACGGCGUUCUUUAACAGCAUCCCACUUUCUGGCUCCCUGGCGGGUGCCAUGCUGUCCUCUCAUAGCAGUCCACAGCUACUGCCUCUGGAUUCCAGCACCCCGAACUCCUUUGGCACUUCAAAACCUUCCACAGAGCCUGUGACAGCGGCCUGUGGCAGCGCCAGGCCUGUGGGCGAUUCUGUCAAUAAAGACAGUGUGAAUGCUACCUCGAUUCCUGCUGCAUCGUCUCCCUCUGUGUUAACGACCCCAUCCAAGAUCGAACCAAUGAAAGCAUUUGACUCCCGAUUCACUGAACGGUCCAAAGCCACAUCAGGUGCUCCUGCCUUGACCAGUGUGACUCCAACAGCCAUGGAAAGGUUAAAAGAACAGAACCUUGUGAAAGAGCUGCGGCCCCGGGACCUACUGGAGAGCAGCAGUGACAGUGACGAGAAGGUCCCUGUGGCCAAGCCUUCCUCACUGUCCAAGCGAAAACUGGAGCUUGAGGUGGAGACUGUAGAGAAGAAAAAGAAAGGACGGCCUCGGAAGGACUCCCGGCUCAUGCCCAUGUCUCUGUCUGUCCAGUCUCCAGCUACCCUGACCACAGAGAAGGAUGCCAUGUGUUUGUCGAUACCAGCACCUGCACUGAAGCUGCCCAUGCCAGGCCCCCAGAGAGCAUUCACCCUACAGGUGAGCUCUGACCCCUCCAUGUACAUUGAAGUGGAGAAUGAUGUGACGACUGUUGGGGGUGUGAAGCUGAGCCGCUUGAAGUGUAACCGGGAAGGAAAGGAGUGGGAGACGGUACUCACCAAUCGGAUCCUCACUGCCGCUGGCAGCUGUGAUGUGGUGUGUGUCGCCUGCGAGAAGAGGAUGCUAUCAGUGUUCUCCACCUGUGGUCGUCGCCUCCUCCCUCCCAUCCUCCUGCCGUCCCCGAUCUCCACUUUGCACUGCACAGGCUCCUACGUCAUGGCACUCACUGCUGCAGCCACGCUGUCAGUCUGGGAUGUUCACAGACAGGUGGUUGUGGUGAAAGAAGAAUCUCUACACUCCAUCCUGGCAGGAAGUGACAUGACAGUAUCACAGAUCUUGCUGACACAACAUGGAAUCCCAGUGAUGAACCUGUCUGAUGGGAAGGCAUAUUGCUUCAAUCCAUCACUUUCUACAUGGAACCUGGUUUCUGACAAGCAGGAUUCCCUGGCCCAGUGUGCGGACUUCAGAAGCAGCCUGCCUACCCAGGAUGCCAUGCUGUGCUCGGGACCCUUAGCCAUAGUCCAGGGCCACGCCUCCACUUCAGGAAGGCAGGCGGCCCGUCUCUUCUCCGUGCCUCAUGUGGUGCAGCAGGAGACCACCCUAGCCUACCUUGAGAAUCAGGUUGCCGCAGCGCUUACCCUGCAGUCCAGCCACGAGUACCGCCAUUGGCUCCUCCUCUAUGCACGGUACCUAGUGAACGAAGGGUUUGAAUACCGACUCCGAGAAAUAUGCAAGGACUUACUGGGUCCGGUUCACUACUCCACUGGAAGCCAGUGGGAGUCAACGGUAGUGGGUCUGCGGAAGAGGGAGCUGCUGAAGGAACUGUUGCCAGUCAUUGGGCAGAACCUCCGCUUCCAGCGCCUCUUCACCGAGUGUCAGGAACAGCUUGACAUACUGAGGGACAAGUAGCCUGCCCCAUCUUUUCCAGCUGCCUCAAGGACAGGGCCACACUUUUUGCUGAUGACACGCAGAGCCAUUUCAUCUCUUCUGGCUGCCGUAGAAAGAGGAGAUACUGGCAGGAGGUGGGCUGUCCUGCACCAGUGCUGGCCCAGCUCCCUGGUCAGUCUUCCCCUGUGUGCUGGGCCUUUUGUUCCCUGAGAAAGGAGCAGCUGUGCCCUCAACUCAUCUCUCUCUCUCCAGGACCCCCAUGCAGAACUGAAGCUAGGGCUCUGUUCUGCUGCCCUGGGUUCGUGAGUCACUCUUAGGCCUGCUGUCUUCAGCAUAGUCCCAUGGUGGACACUAGUCCCUGCCACAUUGCAGGUGCCGUGCUGCUUCAGCUAUGAUGAAUGAGCCAUUUGUGAAAGAGAGAAUCCUGAAACAAUAGUGUAUUAUGCAGUCAGUAGACUGACUUGAAACCUAUGUAAAAGGAAAGGCUAUUCCAACACACGGACUAUUUUUGUACUAGAAUUUGCUAACUUGUAAUAUGGAAUUUUCCUUUUGGCCAAUAAUCAGGAUUUCCCUAUAAGUCACUUGGACAUUGGUCACUUGUAGGAAAUUUAAACUCUAAUUAUGAGAACUACAUUGCAAAAUAAUUGUACUGAAAUUAACUUGUCUAUCUUCAUUUGGUUUUGAUUUUUAAAUGUUUGUAAAAAGAGACUGUUUUGGGGGGGAUGGGACAGUGGGGUGGGCAACUUCUUUUAUAAGUGUAAAAUAAAUGAACAUGCAUUGGAUA